AUGAGCUUUACGGUUGAUUGGUCUCAACGUCCCACUUACUCCCCCGAGCAAUUGAACAGAUAUUUCGAUCGAAUCAAUCUUCCAGCAAAGUACCGGGAGUCAUCAAUCGUUCAGAAUGGUGUAAGUAAUGAAAAAGAGGCCUCUCUUUCUUUCUUGAAGGUACUGGAGCGGUAUCAAGUGGCAGCAGUGCCAUUCGAAAAUCUCAAUUUGCAUUACUCGGUACAACGCCACAUUUCCAUAGAUGCCCAGAAGCUUUUCGAGAAAAUUGUGGAUAACAAAUCCGAGAGGGGAGGAUACUGUAUGGAGAACAGUACCCUUUUUGGAACCGUCUUGCGAAGCCUGGGCUACCAAGUUACCUCGGUCGGGGGAAGAGUCAAUGAGGCUGCACAGCCAAUGUCGGCUUCAAAGAACUGGAGGGGCCCCAAAUACGAUGGAUGGAACCACAUGGUUAACCUUGUUACUAUCGGCGAGCAAAAGUACCUGAUAGAUGUGGGGUUUGGAUCCAAUGGACCACACCAGCCUGUGCCAUUAACGAAGGAUUUCGAGUUCCACAACGUGGGUGACCAGUCUGGACGCCUGCGCCACGGGCCAAUCACCCAACAUACCAGCAAGACUCAGCCUCUUUGGCAAUAUGAGAUUCAGAAUGGGGGCGGAGACUGGAUCCCCGCUUAUUGUUUCACGGAGACAGAGUUUCUUCCCGAGGACUUCACCAUGAUGAACUACUAUAUGAGCACUAGCCGAGACAGUUGGUUUACUUUCCAUGUUGUUUGUGUUCGCAUGCUCCUGGAUGAGGCGGGUGAAAAUGUUGUGGGCGACUUGACCCUGUUCAAUAAUUCAUUGAAACGACGGAUAGGGGCCACAUCGGAAGUAUUGCAGACAUUGACAUCUGAUGAAGAGCGUGUGUCUGCAUUGGAACAACUGUUUAAUAUCCACAUUGAGCUGGCUGAUAGAGACUGUAUCCGCCACACCAUUUCGGAGAUUCUCUAG